GCUGUUGUUUGAUCAUCCGAUGUCGCGGGAAUCAGAAUUUUGACGGUGGCGUCGAUCAAGUUUGAUUUCACACGGUGGACGGAUUGAACGGUUGCCCUUUUCUGAAAUAAUCGUGGAAAUAACGACAAGUGUUCCCAACUAUUCCGUAAAGGAUACCCAUCUCCGUGACGAAUUACGACGCACCUUCCGGGAUUAUUGUUUCCAAUCCUUACCCCAUUUUUGCGAGGACACAGUUGGUUGAUGUUUCGAAUUCUGGUGAAAUGGUACGUACUCCAGCUCUAAGCAUAUACAUGUAUAAUCAGAAGGUAGAGACGUCAGCAUUAUUCGUCUACCCAUAACAGCGGAGCCAUACAUGUCAAUGAAAGGUUGUACAAUAAUUGACAAUUCAAUGUUGCGGUGAUUCCGAUUAGCAUCAUGGGUUAACGAAAAACGACGAUAACAACUGAAACCACAUUCGGUAACCCAAUCUAUGUAUCCAUAUCUUAUACAAAAUAAACGUGAUCUUCAACGCACAGAUCGAACUAGAUCGUGUACGGAUACACGUACACGUACUCAGGAAUAAAGUUUUCAUCACCGGAUUAUGAGUGAAGCAGAAGAUAGACUAAUAACUCCACUGGAAGUCGCUCACAAUCAGGAAAAUGUCGCGUUGGAAAAAAUAUUCACUGAAUGCGAAACACCGUCUACGGCCGGCAAAGUCCCAGUGGCUAAACUUACCUGUUACAUGCGCGACCAGAUGUCUGCCCGCGGAAGUCCCGAAAUCCUGCAAGAUCUUCGAGAAUCCCUACGCAGCGUUUCGCACCAUGGUGAAGUAACUCGGAAGCAAUUUCACGUCAUUGCUCGGCGCUGGCUAGACAAAAUACGUCAGCGGCAGCAUCGUCACGAAGGUCAUCAGGAUGGCAAUAAUAAUCUCAGUGUUGAGCAGAUUAGCAGUGAAAAUUUGAUCGAUGAUACAUCGGAUCAUGCGGGCGCAACGACACCGGAAAGGGAGACGUCUCAAGGAUCACGCACGACCGAAUCCUCUGAAGAUGGACGGACGCUCGAAAGACAAUCGUUCGAAUCGGAUCCGAGGAUGCUUCAUGGAUUCUUGAAUAUCUCGACGAGUACCAUUGCCAACGACAUCAAAAGCGCGAAUAGUUCCUUCGAAAAUGUAUCGUCCAUCGAUGGUACCUAUCACUUCGCCAACACCGAAACGCCUCAGGAAUUACGUCUUCGUGCGAAAAAAUGUGCCAUUGACAACGACAACCUCAAGGGGGACUUACAACGGGCCGAAGACUCGAUAGUCAUCCUCGAAGGACAACUGGAGGCGAUUGGGCGAGAGCUAGAAAUCUCGAGUAAUCGGUGCGAGCGACUGCAGAGAGAAGUGGAUAACCAGAAAGAAGUCCUCGCGGCAAUUGAGAAAGAUCGAGAGUCCGUCGUGGUAAGGAGUGAUAAUUUCGAGAGCGAAAAUAGUAAACUGAGAACGGAAAAUUUUAAACUGAAAAGGGAAAUCGAUGCUACUGAUUUGGAGGUUCGGCGUUUAAAUGCGGAGCUAACAAGAACGAUUCAAGAGAAGGAGAAACAGAUCGAAUUGCGUUGUUACUAUCAAAAGGAAUUGCUCGAAAAACAGUCCCGCUACGAUGCAGCUAGGGCGCAUAUUUCGAAAAUUGAACUAGUCAACAGCGAACUAGAAGAGAGACAAAUGAUUUCCACGAGCACGAACGAGCACUUGAAAACUGUGGUGAAGGAAUUGGAAGAUCGAGUUUCCGAGUUACAAUUGCACCGACGGUAUAGUUCACAUCGCAAUGAACCGUUGUUCGGAUAUUCGACUUCUGACGAUGGACUGGACGGUAAAGUGAACCGAUUACCCGAUCUGGAAGAAUCAUUCCAACCAUCAUUGCUGGAUGAAAUUAAAGCUUCGGAAUGUACCGAUACCGAUGUAAAUCUGAAUGAUGAAACAGGCGAAUUGAAGAAUCUGAAAAAAAUCGAGAGUAUCGAGUACCCUCGAUACUUGGGAGCGUUGCACGAUGCGAAUCAACAGAUGCAACGGGCUUUAUCUUCACUCCCAGCGUCUCACAAAGACUUAGCUGUAUCGCCGAUCAGUUUUGGCGCUGAUGAGCCUCAAUUGUCAGAACUGGAGAAUUACAAUUACGAAGACCAUCUUUCCGAAAGGAUGGAAUUGCAGAGGUUCAAAUCCCAGCUACACCAUGUGCUCGCGAUAAUUUCAAACUUGUCCUCGUCUAAGGUCACCAUCGCCGAUACGAAAGACGCUACGACUCAACUCGAUCGCCUCGAUUUAGUACCUGACUCGACACCGGCUUGCAACAUUCAUGGAGACAUCAUGAACUACGCUGACAACAGAAUUCGCUAUAGAAGGGAAAAACGACUUCAGAAAGAGGUAUACGAAAAGAGCGGAGAAGAAACGGAUCGCCGGAAGGUUUUCUCAAUCGAAGCAAUAAGGGCUGCAAGUUCCCCGGCAGGCACCACAACUUCCUCAGAGAUAUCUUUGCCAUCGAAAGUAAACUGCAGUAGCACUCCCCGUUCCUCGCCCGUAGCAUCACCCUCAACGGAAUUUCACCAAGAUAGCAUAAUCGCUCCAAUCGUUGCUGCUCUGGACGAAAUUAUUCAAGACACUCGCAACGCCGCUGACAUUAGCAGCAGUAGCAGCAGCGCGGGUGAAGCCAAUCAAAGUCCCGUGGGACUUCGCCGGGAUCACAACCCUCGAUACACCUAUACUCUGCCGUCCUAUAGUCUUGCCAAACCAGAGGAAGAAGUUUCACAACUUUUACCGGAUACGGAAGACACCGGACUACAACACAAAGAUAGUUCAGAAACGGAGUUGGAUCCGGUGAGUUCGACGUACAACUUAUCUGAUAAGGCGAGUCGCUUCGGAGACGAAAUUUUCGAAUCAUCCGUCUGGAGAUGUAGGAGGAAGUCUGUGGGUACGGACGACAAUACUUCAGAGGAAACUGAUAUCACUGAAUCCAACAGCAGCGGUGGAUCACGAGUCACGGUAGAUCCGACUUAUUCAGUACACGGCUUGAGCUCUUCGAGAGUUUUAGUUGACUCGUCCCUCCGAGCUAUUACCGAAAAUGAUGUAAUUCCGUCGGAAUCGUCAAGUUAUAAUCAGCAGAUACCUUCGCUGAGCCGGUCGGUCACAGAUCCCGAUCCUAACUGCGUCGAUCGGCUGAAUUCCGACUUGGAGAAAUUGACUCUGCACACCUCAAUUAUGCAAGUGCAGGGAAAAAGUGUACCGAAACGAAAAUCGUCCGUUUAUCAUCGUUCUUUCGACUGCAGUACCCUCGACGUUGCCCCAGACCAGUGUACAAUUGUUAGAAGAUCCGUGAGUUCGCCAAAUGUUCCGAAAUCUACCAUACCCAUCGGUGGAUUAUUGCAGACGACUUAUAACGUAUCCGGAAUAAAAUCAAGCAAAGAGAUCGGCGCAGAAGAGUGUGAAGCUCUCGUAGAUUCAGCCACCGAUUCGUGUUGUAGUGAUAAAUCCGAAUUGUUGGAGAACACCGGUAGCUUCCUGGAGAUGGGGGAGAAUAUGCUGUCAGUUUCUUGGAAAAAAGACUCGCAAAAUGAAAUGGGUGAUUAUCUAGACGAAGACGAUUCGAAUUGCGCUGAAGCUGCCCCGACAACGGCCUUGGAAAAUACGAAAGGAGAAAGUGACAUACCAAUUCUGACGUCGACGGCGAAACCUACCAAGUCGGAAGUGAGCCUUGGUAACCGGCGUACAAAAUACGUCAUCUCGGGCACUUGGAACCUCCCGCUGCUACCGCUACCAACGCCUUCCCUUCCUCCCAACGCUGAGGAACUCGGCGACGUCGACUCGGCGGACAACGCCGCGAAAUGGCGUAGCAGUAGCGAUCCUGAAAUACCGGUCAGAUCCAGGUCACUUGCGCGCACGAUGUCCAGCGAUGAAGAUAGUUCAGAUUCCGAGUGCAUCAUCCGUGAUCGCAUCGAUACCGGAGAACAAAACCUACAGGUGGUCGCCGCUGAACCACCAACGCUUCAACCAGCAUCGCUGACUCCGCUGCAAACGCAAUCGACGGUGAGAACAAAGACUCAUCCUUUGCUCUACGAACUACCCUUGUCACGAGGGCAGCAGAUUGACCCGCAAAAGUUCUCUAGUCAUAAUUCUGCGGUAUUUGUAUGCGAACAGCUGUCGCUUUCCUACCGAGAUGACACAGACAACAAUGAUAACACCGCUAAAAGGAUUACUGCUAAAUCAGAGAGCAAUUACAAACGAUCCAAGGAUAGCGAAAGAGGUCGACGUUCACUAUCGGAAAGCGAUACCGCAGCGUCUUGCAAGGAUGGCGAAUGCAGAUGUAGAUGCAGAUGCGGUUUCGGAUGGAAUUCGUCUCGCACCGGGGGUCAGCUUGAAACUCCAGAGGAAGAAAAACGAAAAGACCUAGAAAAUUUCGGGGCAUUUCCUAGUCUACCGGAUAGCCGAUUGAUAGAACUAGGACUCGCGGAUACCCCUGAAGGCCACGGACUUUGCGAACGAAUAAGCGAGGAUGAACUUGAGCGAAAAUAUACGGCACUUUCUAUCGGGCUCGGGACCGACAGGAUCACUCUGCCGAGACGGAUGGCUCUCAGUCUCAGGCACCGGGAUCAAGCCGAGCAAAAUCUCAGUACAGAAGUCGACCGAAUGCAGAGUGACAUUCAGGCUCUCGCUCCGCUCUGCGUGGAUCGAGAAUCCGUUGAGCGAGUCGAGCGAGUAAGACACCAACUAGAGAUGAUUUCAAGAUGUGCUUUGAGAGUAUCUUGCACAGCCGAGCUCCUCGGAGCAACACAUCAGGAACGCAGGGUCUCAAGAGCGUCUUUACUGGCUGAUAGGUACCUACAGGCUUUACGCGGCAGAUGCGACAAACUUACUACCGAUCUUGCCGAGACGAAGCGUAUCCUGACUGAAAAUAAUAUUGUCGUUGAGGAGAACCCAAGCGAACUUGUCGAGGACGUUCUUCCAAGAGUGCGUUAUCGUGGGGUGCCGUCCACAAAUCGGACAACGAUCUCUAGAAGACGGGCCAGCAUCGCUACAAUUUCUCGACCCACAGCGGUCAAUUCGCUGCAGGAUACGACUAAGGAUAGCGGAAGACCGCAGCGUAUAUCUGUUUCCGGUAGAAUGACCCUUAGGCGACCUUCCCUUGGUUACGACACGCAACGAUGGGACAACGAGAAAUUGGAUCGAACAGACAGUAGUUCAAGCAGUAUCGGUGAGCUGAGAGAAAUCUUUGAGCAAGCUGAAUCUCGACGAGGUUCGAGGGAGGAGAACAAUAAUUUAAUUCGUAGCCAAUCGAGUAACUUCAGCGUGGGAAGUUGCGAAAGUGCCGAUUCAGAUGUAGUCUGGUCCAUCACUAGAGAAGAUCCACCGGGAUCCACUCUAGCUGACACAAGAGAAGAUGAAUCAUUCGCUUCUGCAGAAAGUACUUUAGUGACCAGAAGAACACCCCGUACCCUUCGAACGUUACGGGAGCAAGUCUCACGGCUGCCGAUUUUUUGGUACAUAUUGUUCGUCGUUACAUUCUUCUUUGGAUUCUACAGUAACCGUUACGUGACUACUCGGUGCACGGUACCAUUGAAGUGGUGGUCAGCGGAAGAAUUAUUGAAACGAUACGUGCACGUUAAACGCAACACGCCACCCCCAAUUUGAUUUAUUCGUUCUAAUAUUCUUAUGUCUUUAUUUAUAUGUAUAUGUUAACCGCGUUGUAAAUAUUUGACUGUAAAUUUAUGAAACUUCGGUUUCCACUCAAUAGCUAUAAUGGACUUACAUUAGUCAGACUGACAUUAGUCAGUACGCGAGUGGCCUACGUAGAAUGGGAAACUUGAUGUUGUUCAGUCGCGAUAGCGCGCAUUAGUUUUAUUUGUCGUGAUUUCCAUUGUCAGGUAUAUAUUAUGUUCCGUUGUUAUGUGUAUACGGUGUAUACCCAUGUUAUAUGAUUACCAUUAUCUCUAUUCAUGUCUUUUGUACAACGUUGAAUCACAUUGUUGAAAGUUUGCGUUCAAAUUGAAAGUCAUCGAUAAUAUAUGUAUAGAAAUUGAAGUACAUGGUCGCCGCAUAGAAAAGACUCAUAAACUAUCAACUUUA